GGGCGUCCUCCACGCAUCCAACAGACGUGCAUGGACGAGGAAGAUGAAGGGUGUCAUCUUGCUCGUCGUCUCCUCUCACGCCCCAAGCAGCUGUGCUACUGGCGCCGGCGAAAGCUCAUAAGACGACUGAAUGGUGGUUGUCCCUUUUGUCGUCUAUCAACUCUCCCCAAACCCAAAAUGUAUCCGUCCAUCGACUUUAAUAUGGAGCUGCCAGCGCAGUACAUCGUCCCAACGCACUCCGACAACCCGGACGACCCCAUGGUGCCUGCCAGGCCCAACGUCGUCACGCUCCCGCCGUGCACGAUGCCCGCGUACGACAGCAAGCCGCGCCGCCUGCCGUCCAACCUCGAGAUGUUCCACACCGAGUGGAUGCUCCGAAUGGAUACGGACGUCCUCCCACUCAUCGGCGUCGGAGUGUCCGACAUGGCCAUCCAAAUCCCCCUGGCUUCUGCCGACGUGACGACGAUUGACAAGAUCUACGACGACCGCCGCAAGGUUCUCACCUUUGUCUACUCGGUCGCUCGCAUCCUCCUCUUUGUGAACGACAACGACAAGCUUCAGCUUAACUCGGAGCUCGCCUACGAGCUCUGGGGUGUCAAAGGCAACGAGCUGUUAGGCAGGCUCGACCCUGACAUCCUCGGCUGCCCCGCUGUCGACGCCGCGGAGCAAUUGGAGGACCGCUUCUUCGAGGAGCUCCGCCUCCACACGAUUGCGCGCCAUCUCGAGUCCAAUGGCUGGUCGGUGCCGGGCAUGACGCCUGUAGUGUUCGCGUCGUUCUCCCAGUUCGACCACGCGCCGCGCAAGGUUUUCGAGAUCAGUCCUCGGGAGUAG